UUGACCGGGUCGCUACUCAGUGAUCCACCUUUAGUGCUGCUAACCACAGCCUUCAGUUAGUUAUACGUGUGCUCAGGUUCAGAUAGUUUUUGCAGUCUGCCUGACAGCACCAUUGCAUGACCUCGGUUUCUUCUCAUUCCCUCAUCUUUGUCGUCUCGCACUCCCUCGUGUACCAAGUGGUCUGCUCAUAGCAUCUGAUUAGAACAAAUAAACACGGCCUGCAGCAGCUAUUAAACAGAAGCAACCGACUGAAAUUAUUCAGAGAACAGAUACUAACUCAUCUUAUCAGUUUGCAAGUUCAGAGAGCAUCCACCAAGGAGUAGGCCAGUCUCACAUUGCUACAACACACAACACCCUUAGUGACAAUCAACAAAGCACCCCAUUCCCUCUUUCUUUGCCUGCACUCCAUGCCUCUCUCCUCACCGGCACUCCAUCCUUUCCUUCUCUCCUUUCCUUCUUUUCUUCUUUUUUUUUUGAAAGGAUUCUCUCCUUUACUUCCUCCUCUGUUAUAUAUCUUUUUUUUUUGAAAGGAUUCAGACGGCAGCGAGGCAUCAUCUUCCACCUCCGACCAGUCCAUAAGAACACAGCAGCCGCAAGUAGUCAUCGACUCAUCGUCAGCCUCUCCAAUUCUCCACACCAUGCCGUAUUAUUCUUCAUAUUGGUCAGAGUACGUCGAUCAGUACUGGAGGGCGCAGCGGCUAGAGAACGAGAAGACCCGGCUGUCCAACGAGAAGCGUGAUCUCGAGAGGCGGCUGGCGGAGACGACGAGGGCCGCGCAGGCGUCCUCGGCCCAGGUCGCCGCGCUGGGGCACAAGGUGCGGGAGCUGGAGCGCCGGAACGCGGGGCUCUCCGGCGACCUGGCGAGGCAACGGGAGGAGACCAAGAAGGCCGGGCUGCUGUUCAUGGGCGCCGCCGACAGGUACGAGCACGCCGCGAGGGAGCAGGCGAGGGAGAGGGCGGCGGAGCUGGAGGGCGCGAGGAGGGCGAGCCUGCUGCUCAUGGGCGCCGCCGACGCGUACGAGAGCGCGGCGAAGCGGCGGGCGCGGGCCAAGGAGGAGGAGCUCGAGGACGCGAGGAGGGCGGCGGCGGCGCUGAUGGGCGCCGCGGACGCGUACCAGCAGGAGGCGAGGAGGCAGAUCAAGGAGAAGGUGGAGGAGCUCCGGGUCAUGGCGGCGCGGAAGGCGGAGGCGGACGCGAGGGCGGCGGAUUUGGAGGCGGAGCUCCAUGCGGCUCUGUCGAGGAAGAAGGAAAUGGAGGUUGAUCGUGACAAGGUGAAGGCUGAGAAUUGUGAGCUGCGGGCAGAGGUCGAGAGGCUCGUGAUGGGAUUUGAUGAUGAGAAGACAGAAAUCGUUAAGGAAUUUGGGAGAACUUAGAAUGAAGGUUGAGGAAAUUCAGGCCAGCAGCAAGGAUUUGAUGAAGGGUGAAAACGAUAAGCUUCAGUCAGAGGUUAGAACAAGCAAACCUUAGAUUAAACCUGAAAAUGCUGAUUAUUCCAACACAUCGGAGAUAGUUACCGACGAAACAAGGCAAAAAAAAAAAAACUGGAGUCAAGGCAAGGAUUGAGAUUCCUCAUCAUAAACUCACUUGUUGGGAAAUUUGGGAAUAGCGGUAUGCAAGAGUAUUUGACCUUCAGCUCUUUAUAAUAUAACAGGCUCGUUUUCUUUUCUUUUCUUUUUGGAAAAAAAACUUCUGCCUGCACAAAUGUGUAUAUUCUGUUUAUAAGUCCAGUUAAUCACUGGAAGGAACUUAGCUGAUGUCAGGAUUGAAGAGAACUUGUAAUGGUAAAUGAGUGCCACCAACUGACAGCUCGGCUACUUUAUUUAUAAUCCAGGGCAAAAACAGUACUGCUGGAAAGUGAUAAUGUCACUUCUCUGUUUAACUGGUAAAUGAUGUGUCAGUUGGCGCUACACAACAAACAGAAAGUAAGGCCUGUGUGCAUAUGUUUGUUGUAUUCUUGCUCCUGUUUACCUUGUGUGGUUUUUAUCUCCCAUAUUGUAAUGCAUGGCCGCUAUGGUACCGAGUCU